GUCCGGCGUUCCUGCAGCAGCUCUGCGCUGCCCCGAGCGGCGCGGCUAUCCUCGACGGGUCCCCGGGAGUGAUUCCCUCGCUGGAUCCUAAAUCGUCUGCCCGCCCCCGGCCUGCGCCCCUGGAGAGGUCCGCUUAGGUAGAUUUCCCUGCAGGUCCUGUGCUGUGAAGCCCUCGGAGCCCAAACUUUAAAAUAAAAACAAUGAAGAAGUUAAGGCUUAAGGAACUAGAGAGUCGCCUGCAGGAAGUGGAUGGAUUCGAAAAACCCAAGUUACUUCUAGAACAGUAUCCCACCAGGCCGCACAUUGCAGCAUGCAUGCUCUAUACAAUCCAUAAUACAUAUGAUGACAUUGAAAAUAAAGUGGUUGCAGAUCUAGGAUGUGGUUGUGGAGUACUUAGCAUCGGGGCCGCCAUGUUAGGAGCAGGGUUGUGUGUUGGAUUUGACAUAGAUGAAGAUGCAUUGGAAAUAUUUAAUAGGAACGUGGAAGAAUUUGAAUUAACAAAUGUUGAUAUGAUCCAGUGUGAUGUGCGCUCAUUAUCAAACAGAAUGUCCAAAUUAUUUGAUACAGUAAUUAUGAAUCCUCCCUUUGGAACCAAAAAUAACAAAGGGACAGAUAUGGCUUUUCUGAAGACUGCUUUGGAAAUGGCAAGAACAGCAGUAUAUUCUUUACACAAAUCCUCAACUAGAGAGCAUAUUCAAAAGAAAGCUGCAGAAUGGAAAAUCAAAAUAGAAAUUAUUGCAGGUGAAUGUUUGGCUUGUAUUUUUACAGAGCUUCGAUAUGACCUGCCAGCAUUAUACAACUUUCAUAAAAAGAAAUCAGUAAGUUCCCAAUUGUGGCCUGUGUACAUUCAGUAUUCAAAAGCUUUGCAAUAACUCUUUCCACUCUUAGCAAGUUGCAUGGGUAAAUAGAAAGCCAGACUGAGAAUUUAGACAAGUUAACUGUGGAAAGAGCCCAUACUCAAAGCAGUCAAUAUUCUAGUUGAAGUUCUUUGUGAAGUUUUAAGAGCAAAAAAAGAAAAAAAAUAAUAAACGGUUGGCUAUUUUUAUACAGCAUAUAUUUUACAAGUUUGUACUAAUACAUUCUCAUAUUACAAAGGCAAUUUCCUUUUCAUAUUUGAAUCAUCCAAACAGAAACAGAACUAUACAUUUUAAAAAACUUUCAUUUGGAUAACAACAAAAAGACAAACAAAAUUUUUUUCCUUUUAUACAGGUGGACAUUGAAGUGGACCUAAUUCGCUUUUCUUUUUAAAAGCUUCCGAAGACAAAAAGCAGCUUAAAAUCUAACUAAGAUGAAUAAAAAUGUUGUUACUAAA